UAAUAAUCGCUGGUGAGAUAGUUCAGACUACACCUCCCUUGAGAUCAGUAGUUAAAUGUCAUAGGCGCUCGAUCUCCGCGUAUUUUAUUACAACCACACUGGGUGAAGAGUUCGUAAAGUUGUGUCCUCACACCUUACAGUAAGUUUUUCUCCUUUUGCUAACAGAAAGCGCAGAGAGAAUGGAAUCCCUUCCGCGUGGAUCAGGACCUGUCUUGGAGUUCACAAGUGGUUUUAGUCAAGUAUCUAGACCCGUCAAGACCUUUCAUCUUGGAGACAUCUUCAACCCCAAACCUACCCCACAAAGGACCCCUGUGGCAAUACGGCCACCCAGCCCAAAACCAGGUCCUCCCCAGGAGCCCGUCAUCCGGCGUAGACAGUCGUGCGAGCCAGAGCCAAAACCCAUCAUGAGGAGACGGGCUAAAUCCCUCUCGUCCUCCAGAGAAGAGCACACCCGCAGGAACAUGCAGGUCCGCUUUGUAGAUUCAUUAGGAUUGGAACUGGAAGAUGUGAAGUUCUUCAAGGCCAGUGAGGACCCAAUGGUGCCGGUCCACGUCAUCACUAGACUGCUGGCAAGCUCUGAGCUGGCCUCCAGGAAAAAGCUGGAGCUCUCUCUACCUUACUUCCAGCCAUCCUUCCCUGACAAUAUGCGUGCCGAGGCUGGUUUCCUCGAGCGCUUGUGUAGGCAGCGAGUUUGUCUGGAGCAGGUGUUUUGCUCCGAGCUGGGAAUUAUCGGAACUGUGCAAGUGCUGAACUUGGCCUAUGAGAAAGAGGUUAUGGUACGAUACUCGUUUACAGACUGGAAGAGCAGCGCGGAGAGUAAAACGAGCUGGAUCUCCAGCGUCCACAGAGAUGGGCCAAAUCCAGAGUCGGACGUGUUUCGUUUUCACCUGCCUGUACCGCCGUUUAUCCUGCAACCAGGUGCCAUGCUACAGUUUGCCAUCUGCUACCGGGUCAGAGGAUUUGAGUACUGGGACAACAAUGGUGGAUGUAAUUAUAAACUGACCUGCCAGACGUACAAAUUGACAAUCCCCAUGGAGUGUGAAGAUAGCCUGGUGCAUUUCAUUUGACUCUCCACUAGCCAUGUACCACUAGCGUAGCCAGAAAUGUUUAAGUGGGUGGGCCUACAUAAAACUGGGUGGGCCAAGUGUGUAACUUAUGAAAACUGCAUGUCAAAUUGCCAACAAAAAAUACAGCACCAAGGUUCAUUACACAGUACUUCUAAAGCAAGCAUUAACAUUAGUAAUUUGUUAUGUUAAUGUUCAUUUCAAAAUGUACUAAUAGGACAUUAUUAAAAUUAAAAGUUGUAUCAAGUUAACAAGUUGUUAACGUUUGCCUGAGCUAAGGUUAACAAAGAUAAAUAAACACGGUAACAAAUGUCUUGCUAAUCUUAGUUAAUGCAUUAACUAACAUUAACAAAAGGAAGUUUAUUGUAAAGCAUUACCUCAGUGUGAAACAACGGGGCUUCACUGAUGAUUUAAUCAAACGUCUCUGUCAGUUCACGCACAUCGAGGACCGCAGAAAUGUGCGCAGCUGCAAAUUAUGCAGUUUGUUGUGGCGACCAGGAUCUAGCACAAUGUUUAUGUGUUUCUUUCCACAAAGGACGCAUCUGUUUAGAAGAUCAAACACUGUACCUAUGCUAAUAUGAUGCUUCAAACACACUUGGUUCAGAAGUUUCCGAUCGAUAAAUCCAUCACCCUCAGGUGGUCUGUCGGGUUUCAUCUGUAGACAGUCCGGAUUUAUUGCUAAGACUUUUACUUUUUAAAGAAUCGAUCUGAUUUAUGUUUGCUUCACUAGGCUAUUUUCAAAUUUAACUUCACAAACGCGUGCAUUUUACUAUUAUAUCCGUCGUAAACAUAACAUGGUGGGUGGGACUAACAGAAACGGACGAAUCAUCAUUUUGACAAGUGUGAAGAGGGAAAACUAAGAAACGACCUGUAACUGACCAUGAAAACAAGCUUUUAAUAUUUUUAAUAAAUAUAUAAAGUAACAGUGAAAUAAGACGUUUAUUAUUAUAGUUUAAUAAAUUACAUCCAUUUGGAAAAUUACCAACUUCUUAUUGGGUGGGCCACAGAUGAAAGUGGGUGGGCCCAGGCCCACCCGUAGCUACGCUACUGCCAUGUACAGUGCUGUGAAAAAGUGUUUGCCCCCAUUCUGAUUUUGUCUGUUCUUGUGUAUAUUUCAUACUAAACCUGAGUAAAUACAGCUUUUAUUGAUUUAUUUUUAAUGAAGCUAUCCAACACCUAUCAUCCAUUUGAAAAAGAAAUUGCCCCCUUAAACCUAAAAUCUGGUUGUGCCAACGCUUCAGAUUACUGGAGAUCCGUCUUUCAAAGCACUGUGGUGGGAUUUUGGCCCACCACACAGUGUGGCCCCAUUGGAGGGUUUUCAAACAUGAACUGCCUGUUUAAGGUUCUGCCACAGUAUCUGAAUUGGGCUCAAGUCAGGACUAGCCCACUCUAAAACUCAGCACUGUAUUUCACAGCACUGUAUAUAUAAAGAGCCUUUAUAAUCAUGUGUUUAUCCCAAGCAUAGAGCACAAGUAUAUUAAUAUGUCAUACUAAUGGAAUUUAUCGAUUUAAAAAAAUGGCUUUACUUUCAGGACUGGCUACCACCCAAGAACAAUUAGAAUGCAAUACUUCAUCAGUUCAGUAUUAUUAGUGCUGUAGGAGACUUUCAUCUUUAAGUGUCUGUGCAAAAAUAGAACAGACUUCGUGCGCAUUCUUUCUUCUUUAGAACUCAAAGCUGUAAGGAUAUUGCACAUUAUAGUGCUAUUUUAAUCAUUCACGGUGCGGUCAUGCCUACAGCUAUGCAGUGCAGUCUUAACAUCUCUUUCAGAGUAGGUCUUGUGCUUAAAAGUCUUUCUCUAAAUGUGUGAUGGAUUUUCUUGCAUCAGUUCUAUGCUGGAAAACAUUUAGAAUAAUUUGCUGAGGUUUUAUACAUUUUUCCAGUUGUGCCUUGUUAACAUCUUAUCCAGGAGUGCCAUGUGGAAUUGGACUAUUUAAAAAAUUAUUAGUUCUCUAAUGCACAAGCAGACUUUGCAACUUGCUAGCAUUUAUCCUAAUCAUUUAUUUUCAAUUCAAUUUGUAUUGAUACUCAAUAAAUGAAGCAAAACAAGGUUAUUUAUACUCUUGAUGUUUGCUUAUUCACAGGAGAAUAAAUAUGAGUCAUACUUUUCUUAUUCCCUUGCAUUAGCACUCUUCCUGACCUUUCCCCGUCAGAGAUUUCUCCAGGCUGACCUCCUGCUAAUGGCAUCUGAGGAAGGCAAUCAAUGUGCUUCUGACUCAGUCCAGCUGUAAGGGCACAUGAUAGAAAUUUGAGGUCAGGUCUAAAAAUAUCAUUAUCUUUAAACCAAAAACAAAACUACUAUAAGCAUGCCUUCACCUUUGACACACAGCCCGACAGUUGCAGUGCAUUUCUGAGAUUAUUCAGCCUGGCUGCCUUUACUAUUGCUAUAACUACACAAAAGUAUGCAGAGCAAUACCAUCAUUACUAGAAUUACUGUCCUCUUUUUUAAUGACAUGUUUGUGAAAUUUCUAAUUUGUUAAGACUAUUCUAUUUUUCUUUCUUUCUUUCUUUCUUUCAUUGUAUAACAAAUUAACAAUAGAUAAUUGUGAUUUUUUACUAUUUGUUGAUAGUAACAGAACGCAUCUGCGAUUUUAAAUAAUACUGUGACCAAACACUAGAUGGUGCUGUGAAUCUUGAGGUGGAAAUUUGAGAAGAAGAAAAAAAGGACGAUCAAAACAGACUGAUCUGAAAUACUCACUGUGUAUACAUGCUUAGAAAAUUGAGUCUUGGCCCUACAUUAAGUAUCAUAAAACUGUUUGUACCCCUUUUCUUGCUUAGUUUAAUUGGCUUACGUUUUAUCCAAACAUCGAUGUUGCACAAUGUGCGAUAGUAUAUUCAUAAUCACUGCAUACUAUAGGCAGUUUCUUUUACUGUAUCUACAUGACAAAGUGUGGCAAUAUUUGUUAGCUAAUGUGUGUGGGAUAAACUAAUCUUGGUUUGUUCCUUGUUUAUAUCCUAUUGCACAUUUUCUGACAAGAAUUUCUUACAACAUGGGGAAUAAAAUCCCUCAAUUUAGUGUUUUUCUCUGCCUUGUGUCAUGUUGUUUCAUACAGAAAUGAAUCAAGACGUUAUUGCACAUGACACAUUUUCUGAUAUUUACCUCAGACCUGGAGUUUGCGUACAAAGAAAUGUAAUGACUAGACCAUAGCAGCUCUGUUUGUGUUUCACUGGCCUCACAGAGAAAUAUUAACCGGGUGCUUUAGUGGCUCAGGCAUCCGUUUCUUCCGAUGAAAGGAGACUGACCCAGUUAAGGAGCUAAUCUCUUAUGCAUGAGCUUUAAAUGCCUUCAUUAAUAUUAAUCAUUAGGGCUGUCGUGUAAAUAACUAGAUUGUAAGUGCAAUAGCCAUAUAAAAGAGGAGAUCAGAUGCAGAUCUUGUUAUAUUUAUGAGAGCUAUUUUAAACCGGAUUACAGUUUGUGGUUUUGUCAUUAACUUAAAGACGUGGUCAGGUUGUGGCAAGCCCUCGGUCAUUACAUCCCCAAGCUCUUUGCGUUUUCACAAAUGUCAGUCACUCCUCACACCAUUCCUGCUGUGAAUAAUGUAAUCAACAUGCUGGAUGUACACUGUUCUGCUGCCAGGCCUGUGGAGCUGAUGCAAAUACAGCUCCUCUGAGAAUAGAUAAAAUACACAUCUGAUGCUCUUACAUAAGCAGUGCUGAUCUGACACAAAGGUGGCUUUGUCAUUUAUAUACAAAUGUUAUAACACCAGUGCAGAGUCUGUGCAUGACAAUACAGACGUGUGGUCGAUUUUUACUGCAGAGGCCUGACCUGUGAAGUACACAAUAGUAAUAAUGUGAUGUAUGUGCAUGAAUUUCAAGAUGUCUUAAUAUGAACCAUACAGAAUGAGUCAUUUUUGGGAGUGGUAAGUCUUAAGGUCUAGAAAUUGCCACUGUGUUAAAUUACACAUUUCACAUUGCACAGGAAAAUUGCACUGAACAGUGUUUGCGUGUCUAAGUGUGCCGUUGGCACUAAUCUGCCUUCACCACAGAGAGCGAUGAAUGCCAUGCUGGAAAUGUUACAAUGCACUUCAUGUUAUUUUAAAGCAGUCAUGUUCUCCUUGUGAGAUGUCUGGGACAUCAUACUAAAAAGCUCAAUUAGAAGGAGAAAACCCCCAGCUACUUAAAAGUGAAUUAUUUUCUAUUAGUCAUUAAAGGUGUUUUGGAAAAUCAUGCACAAAAUGUUCCUAUUAUCUGACAUUAUCAGUGAGCAAGGUGUCUUGAGAAACACACCUGUCUCUGUUCCAGCCCCAACAAAAUAGAAAAAGAAAAAAAAAUGUUUAAAGGAGCUGCCUUUCUCAUCUUCUUUUUUUUUUAAGAGAGAUAUUUUAUAAAAUGAGCCAAUCAGAAACACUCUGUGAGCCGGUCUGAUCUGAUCGGUUUUGUGGGACACCAUGCAGACUCUUGAUUACUUUUUAAACAUAUUUUGAAUAUAUAGCUUUUAUUGACUACAGUCCCACAAUAACUUUUUUUUAUACUCACAGGUUGAAAGGUAUUAACUCUAUUUCUAUUCAAAUUCAUCAGGAGAAUAAAAUUAGGCAUGAAUGAAACUUGUAAAUUGUUGUUGACUUAUAACAAAAAUAUAUAACCUAUAAUGAAAUGAAUGUGGACUACAAAGGUGCUUUGCCAUUGGAAGAAACUGAUGAGAAAUGUUUGAUUUCAUUUUAAAGGGAUAGUUCAUCCAAAAAUGAUCAAUCUGUCAUUGUUUACUCACCCUCUAGUUGUUCUUUAAUCUGCUGAACAUGAAAGAUAUUCUGAAGAAUGUUGGUAAUCAGUAGCCAUAUAUGAAAAAAAUACUACAGAAGUCAAAGUCGCUCCCAUCAUGUGGUCCUCAUUCUCCUUUCCGAAGCUCUACUCAAAUGGGGACUGAACCCAUGACUAGUUGUUUCUAGUGCCAUGCUCUGCUUUUUGAGCUACAAAAAUGUUUUAGCGAUUUGACUUUCUUAUUGGUUCAUAUAGAUUUAAUGUGUGGGAGAAGCAUUUAACCAUUGCUGUAGCUUCUCAUCAGAUGUAAAUAUUUUCUAAAACCCUUUAUUAAUUCAUUUCAGACUCUUGUUUGCGAUCUUCACGUCUUCUUUUCCAUUAACCUCAAAGGGACACUGUGGCGGUGUUGUAAGGUGAUUAGUCCGCUCUCUCCAUCAACCGACACCACUGACCUGCUUUCUGCUGGCCCGCUUACAGCGGCUACUCUGUCAUGACGGAAAAGCUGCGACUUCUUAAAAUAUAAGCUUACAUUCACUCGGCCAAACAUUUAAUCCGUGUUUAUUCGCAAAAGAGAAACGAAUGUAAAACUAAAGCCAGAUCUUCCCUCCUCAUAGCUCUGUGAUGUGUGUGUGUCACUGGAAAUAAUGGAAAUAGUGAGACCUCCUGAGCGCUUAUGUAAUACUACUAUAUCUAGAAACUGAAUCUGGCAUACACAAAUCAAGAGAUCGAUUAGACAAACGAGCACAAGAGAUGAGGAUUGUCAGUAAAGUUGGUCCAUGAGAGUUGAAAGAGAAAUGUAGUGUGUGAACCCAAAUAUGAGCACGUUUCGGCUAAAUCGAUUCCUCAUCCAUCCAUCCAUCCAUUCAUUCAUUCAGAAAAGAAGACAGACAUUGUCGUUUGUUAAAAAUCCAAAGCUUGUACUGUACAGACAAUAAAUAGUCCUUGCAAAGGUAAGACAUGAUCUCCGUUCCUCAUACUAACAUCUAUACAGCUGAUAUGAAACUCAAGUUUUAGUAGGAGCCCAGAAACGUUUGGGGUGUCACUAGAGCACCAACACUGGUGUGGGAAAAAGGUUCGAAAAAUUCACAUGCUUGACCCCAUUCCCCCCCACCCGUCCCCCCAUUGGCAUCAAAAGGCGACCGUUUAAAACGGUCCAUUACAAAAAAACGAAAAAGUCAAAUGUCUUUUUUUUUUUUUUU